GAGUGGAGGUGCCGACGGUCCUCCGCGUGAAGAACCCGAUCGACGACGACACCACCGGCCUCAGGACUACGAUCGCCAGCCGCAGCGCUCCCAGCAGCAAUCUCGUGAAGAACGACGAGGUGGCGCAGGACGACCUGGGGGUCCCCAUCCGCGACGUGGUGGCGCCAUCGCUCCUCGUCCUCUUCCCGUCCAUCUUCCCUCGCAAGACUCCAGCUGGUGGCCUCGAAGCGCUCACGAAAGCCCUGCAUGGCCUGCUCACGGUCCACGUGGACACCACCCUCGCCACCUUCAAAGUCGAUGCAGCCCGUACCGUCGCGAAGUCCAUCCAUGACUCCCAGACGCUCCUCUCCAGACGUAUUGAUGGCAGUGAGAGCGAG